GUUGACGGAUGGCUGGUUAAAGGGGGGCGAUCAAUUACCCUGAUGGAUUGCUUUUUGGGGAUUUCAGAAAUGAGACGGAUUUCUGCUCCUUUAAGACCCAUUGUCCACUGGAGGAGAAGGAGGCUGCUCCACUGCAGUUUGCAUAACAUCCUGAGAAGCUGGAAUAUCACUCACUUACAUCUUUGUUGUAGUGAGAAGUGGCAACUGGUCCCUCCUCCUCUUCCCAAGCCUUUAUUUUUCGAAAAUGUUUAAUCCCCUCCGUCCCCUCCCCCCUCUUCCACACAUUCUCCCUCUAACGGAUCCCCUCUCUCUACAUUAUUCUCUGUGCAUUUUAAUUUUUUUUUCUGUCACCGGGGGCCCAGUUUCCCCGCCCACUCUCCUCAUUUUCGCCUGAGUCUAGAAUAGUGGAGCCAAGAAAUAGUUAAUCUCUCCGGCUGCUGCUAUGAUUGGCCGCUGUAUGCAGCCCUCAGCCUCCUUGAAUGAGAAACAGGGGUAACCAGGCAACUUCAGAGCUGGAGAGAGGGGGAAAAGAAGAUAGGGCUUUACGGGAUCUUAGAAUUGAGCAAGAAUUUUGAACAUGUAAAAGAGAGAAAAAAAAGCGAGGCAAUGUGAUUUCACCUUGUGUGUCCGGCAAAUGGAAUUAACAAAUGGAUUUUCUUAAACACGCUCUCUCCCUCUCCCUGUCUCCUCUCUCCUCUCAUUGGGGGGGAAAUAGAGCGCUCAGAUGAAGGGGACACAGAUGUGGAUUAAAACGCAUAAAUGGGACACUCCAGAGAAGCAUCCGCUGAGAAAAGUGCUCGGAGCAAGUGACUGUGAUGGGCUGUCGGACUGCAUCUGAAGUGCUCCACCAAAGUAUAAUAUUCACUCCUGACCUACUCUGAAGAACAAUAUUUGAUUCAAUCGAUGUUGCGGUGUCCCCCUGGAGGGAAUUACUCCUGAGUAAUAGGUGGACCCUCAGAAAAGAGCAACAGUGGACCAUGUGAUACUUGACCUUCAAGGAGAGAACUCAGGUACACUCCAGAAGAUGUCAAAUCUGAUCUGAGGCUGCUCUCGAGAGGAUCUCCUAGCUCGUAACUCAAUCAUCUUUUCAUGUGUUGUUCGGCAGUGCUCGUAUGCCAUGGGCCAGCAGUGACAGAGCGUAGCUAUCAAUGCUGGAUCUUCAUUUAUUGAGGAGUACCAGACAUCUCAUCAUGGAUUUGAAUGAGAUUUUCUCCAUCAAAGAGCGACUGUAAGAAAGACUGGAGUGUGGGGGAAUUGGACACUGGGAGUUGGGAGGAUUAGCUAGUGUGCUGCUAACCCAUGGUGGAUCUGCUGUAAGCAGGACAAGGGACCCAGCAGUGGAGGAUGUCAGCGGAGGCCGAGCUCCAGCCGGGUGUCAAAACCAGCCAGCGAAAGGAGUCCAGGAGGAUCAAAGGUCAGGACCGCAGUGAGGCGGGGCUUAUUAAGCGUUUCCGUGGAGAUGGCGUGCGCUACAAGGCCAAGCUGAUCGGGAUUGAUGAGGUGACAGCGGCGCGCGGGGACAAGCUGUGCCAGGACUCCAUGAUGAAGCUCAAGGGAAUGGCGUCCUCGGCACGUUCCAAAGGGGAGCACAAGCAGAGAGUGUUCUUGACGGUCUCUUUCGGCGGGAUCAAGAUUUACUGUGAAAGAUCAGGGGUGCUCAUGCAUCACCACUCAGUCCACGAGAUCAGCUACAUCGCCAAAGACACCAGGGACCACCGGGCCUUUGGCUACGUAUGCGGAAAGGAGGGCCACCACAAGUUUGUGGCCAUCAAGACUGCACAGUCGGCGGAGCCUCUCAUCAUUGACCUGCGCGACCUCUUCACUCUCAUCUACGACAUUAAACAGCGGGAGGAGAUGGAGAAGAAAGCCCAGAAGGACAAACAGUGUGAGCAGGCAGUCUACCAGACCAUCCUGGAGGACGAAGUGGACGAUCCAGUUUACCAGGUCCCAACCAGUCAGCAGAAGGAAGGGAUCUAUGAUGUCCCAAAACGCCAUUUCAUGACUAACAUCAACCACUUUGAUCUUUUCGGCGACAUGUCCACUCCUCCCUCGAUGCCCCCAUCACCUGCCAACACACUGGACCCUAGCAGGAGCAGCCGCCAGCAGCAACACACUCCCGCUGAGUUGUAUGCCCCCUUCAGCCCCACCUCCGUCCCGUCAGGUUAUAUGACCAUGGGUCCGGUGCAGGCGGCCCAGUGGGCACAGCAGCCGUUUCCUGCCCAGGCCCAGACUCUGGCCUUCCCCGUGCAGGGGCCCCUCCAGGUGGCUCAAGUCCUCCCCGGUGGUCAGCCGGUCAUCUGGAGCCAGGCCAACAUAUUCCCAGCCACUCAGCAGCAGUGGGCGGCCAUGGCAGCCUACAUGCCAGCCCAGACCGUGGGUGUGGGGGGACAUGCCAUACCAGCUGCCAUGCUCCAAGGCCUGGUACCCAUUACCACCAUGUGCCCCCAAGCCUGCGACAUAUCGGCCCCCUCUUCCGCCAUCACCAGCCCCCAGCACACGGCCGACCCUGCCCUGCUUCAGAGGCAGCUGAGCCUGGGGAAGGAAGGCCUUGGCGUGGACUCAGACGCAGGCGAGGGUACCUCUACAUCGGGAGCCGGAGCAGCAGGGGUGGGACCUGGCGUUGCGUCAGCAGCGGUGAGCAGGUGCGGGACCCCAGGCCUCAUGAGUGUACCGGACACGCUGGUCUGCAGUCAGCUGCUGCCACCUUCAGCUGCUGCGACCCAGGAAGAAGAAGGGAGCUGUAGUGACCUUGAUCUCUCUAGGAUGACCUUGAGCCCAGGUACAUCCACGUCACCGUCCACUGAAUCCCCCUCCACCCCAGCCCCUCAGCAGAGCUCGUCUUCAGACUGCCCCCCCUCCCAGGCCAGUGACCCCGCCACAGAUCUCUCCCCUGUAGACCCAGAGGGCAACGCCAGCAACGCCAAGGAGGAACAAUCGGGCUCUGUUGUUGCAAGGUCGAUCUCUCCGGCGCCCAGUGGAGCUGCUGAUCCUCCGCAGGAUCAGACCUGUCCACAGGAAGACAGCUAGAGAACAACAGACACAGAGGGACGGAAGCUCUCAAAGGCAAAAAGACAGAAGCUCACGACAGAGAGAAGACGAGAGAGACGAGCAGCAGCGUCUCUCACAGCUGGAUUACACAGACUUGUUCUGUUUUUUUCAACCUUUAAAGGAUAUUUUGGCAGUUCUGUAAUAAGCUGGUUACCCAAGGAUCCGCUCUCCUCCAGAGGGCCACAUACUGUACUGUACUCCUCAGCAUGACAACCAGACUUUGGCUCUAUCGUCCAAUCACAUAACCUUUCAACCAGGAAGUGACCUUUGAUCGGGAGGCGAUGGCGCCCUCCUGUAACGGAUUGUUGAGUUUAUAGCUGUGAGGAUACGCAAAACGGCCGUGGUGACGCUGAUGAUGCAAAUUAUUUUUUGGAACCUUUAAAGAGGAGCAGCGUCCUACUGUAUGUGGUUGACCUUCGGUUUGCCCGCCGCCACCAGCAGAGACUGCACACAGCAGAUGGAUUUUGCCAAAUGUUCUCAUCGUGUUGCUCCACCGAUUUUGCAUGAACAGACUUAAUGUGGAUUCAGCGGACUCAGCUGUGAGCAAAACUGUUCUCUGCAGCUUCCUCCAAGACCCGAAACGAAUUACAAAAAAAAAAUCUUUUUCUUAUUUUAUAAGCUGUGAAUUCUUAGUUGAUGACGCCGAGUCAUUAGAGGGAUCGAAAUGACUUUGAGGCAUCAAAAUCAAAAUUUGCCAAACAUCUAUUUUGUAAAUAAGAAUCUCCCCGGUCCCCCGUACCCGAGCCUCUGUGCCAUACGAUAGCUCUCUGCCUCUUGGAUGCCAACUACCUGUGUUUCUCUCAAAGCAAUGCCCUACCAGCACCUCCAUCUUUGACGUCUGGAUGUUUGUUUUGCUUUUGCAGCCGUUUAUUUUUCACUUCUGAAAAUGUCUCUUCUGUUCGGUUGGUGAGAUAUGAACUGUGAAUCUGUGUUACAUGGUCAUUCAAAAUAAAGCCUGCUGUACCUGUCUCAUCAUUUUGAGCUUGAAAGAAAUGAACGGGGUCGACAAACAUAAAGACAGCGACUUAAAACCCUGCGACUUCUCAAAGGUUACAGGUUUUUUAUUAAAUAGGAGGCAGAUUUUGCUUCAUUCUUGUUUUUAGAUAUUCUACAUCUCCAGCUGAGGUCGCUUUGUUUACAGUUUGCCUCUUUAAAUCACAUCUCUUUGGUUUCUUGAAUAAAUAAGCAGAGUAAACCCACAAGCUCGGAGACAGUAGAGUGCAUUUCGAUGCCUUAUCAGGUUUAUUUUUGUUGUCCAGUCACUGUUCCUCUUGUCAGGUCAUUUGUAAACAGUAAACAGGUCAUUGUUGUAACAAAGCACUUGGGCAUAUUGUAGGUCAGCUCCACCGAGUCGAAACGGUCGAAAAAGAAAGAAAGGCGACUUUAUAUAAUAUGAACAAUAGAGAUAUCACUAUUAACUGCUAGACUUACAAUAACAAACGGUAACUGUACCCCUGCUCGUGUAAGAAAAAUGAGAAAUAGUCCAAAAUAUUUUGUAAAUUUUAUUUAUGGAAUUAAGAAUUGUCAUGAAAAAGAGAAAAAAAAGGACUUUUGUACGUCUAUGACUUCCCCAUACACUGUACCCAUGCCACUGUUCAGUCACAAAUAAAAUAUCAUGUG